AUGAAGAAAAUCCAAUCGAAAAUCGAAAAGGUAUUGGAGUCAAAUGACGGGGGGAAUCUUCCACCCUCAGACGUACCUCCGCUAGCUCAACCCCCCAGCUCUCGUCAAAUAUAUCGUUUCCGCAAACAGCGUGGUGUCAACCUUGGAUCCUGGUUUACUUUAGAGAAUUGGCUUACACCAAGUCUUUUUCAACAUGCUGCUGAACCCAAGGCCAGCGAGAUGGACGUGCUUCGAGGUUUGGGGCCUCAGGGAACGAAAUCCAUGCUCGAAAACCAUUGGGCUCAUUUUAUCGAUGCUGGUGACUGGAAUUGGCUGGUAGAGCAUGGAAUCAAUACUGUUCGUAUACCUGUUUCGUAUUAUCACUUUCUACCAGGCCAAUCCGAACCAGAGGUCCGCCAGUUGAUGCGAGGUACGGAAUACGAAGCGUUCGCAGACGUGUACGUCAAUGCGUGGAAGUACGUCGGUUCCAAUAUCCAAGCUGCGCACGAGCAUGAGAUUGGGGUACUCAUCGACCUCCAUGCUGCUCCUGGAGCUCAGAACACCGAUAGCCAUUCGGGUUUGAGUGGUGGUAAGGCUAGGUUGUGGGACUCGAACGAACAUCAGAGACGGACUGUACAGACUCUUGUGGCGAUGGCCAAGGAGAUUGCGAAGUAUGAUAAUGUCGUUGGUUUGGAGUUGCUCAACGAGCCGAAGAAUAAUAAUCGGUUGAUGAGCUGGUAUGAUGAAGCGAUUGGGGCCAUUCGUUCGAGCUUAGGAGCUCAGGCUCAGGAACUACCGAUUUACAUUUCUGACGCUUGGGAUACGAAUUGGUACUCGAAAUACGUCAACGACCACUCGAAUCUUGGAUCGUUCCUUGUUUUGGAUCAUCAUCUGUACCGAUGCUUUACUUCUCAAGAUCAACACAAAUCGGCCUCCCAACACGCUGGAGAGGUUCAUCCAUCCAACAAUGGACCGUCCGCAUUGAUGUUAGCCAACGCGUCUAAAGAAACACAAGGGUCGAUCAUUAUCGGCGAAUGGAGCGCCGCACUCAACCCUGCUUCGCUUGCUUCGUAUCCAGACCAUGAAUCCAAGCUUGCGGCUCAGCGUGAGUGGGGUCAUGCACAGUGGGAAGCCUAUGAACAGCGGUGCGCCGGUUGGUUCUUUUGGACAUUGAAGAAAGAGGGAGGCUCAGAUCGAGGAUGGUGUUAUUAUACUGCAGUUGAGCAGGGUGUUUUGCCAGCACAAGCGGAUAGGAUUAAGGCUGCGUUUGUCAGUGGAAGACACUCGAUUGAGUCUCUGAGAGCGAAGGGUAUGGUGGAGAAUCAAAGGGCAAUGCAGGCGCAUGUUGGAUGGUGGAAUCAACAUUCUUCAAACCCGAAUGAGUUUGAGCAUUGGCGCUUUGAAGAGGGAUUUCGUCAAGGAUGGGGAGAUUGCAUUGUGUUUUUUUUCGGGGAUCUGACUGGGGAGUUGCGCGGGUCAGAAGUGGGGUUUGUAGGUCAGUGGAAACGUUUGAGAACGGAGGGACAUCGCAGAGAGAAGGGAAAUAGCAAUAUGGUUUGGGAAUUUGAGCACGGCUUCGAACAAGCAGUCGGGAUAUUUUGUGAAGUCUUGAUUUAA